ACUCACCAGGAAGUUUUGCCGCGAGCUGGAGUUGCGUGAAAGGAAUGUGGUGUUUUAAAUAGAAGUUUUUACUCUUUUUUGCCCAGGACCGCCCGCCCGCCGUAGCGGGGCCGCGGGUGUGUGAGCGGCGAUGGCGACGCCCGGUACGGCGGCGCAGUCGGGCGGCGGGAGCGGCGGCGCCGCGCUGGCCGCCGCCGACCCCGCCGGCCAGAUGGCCACCUACCGCUCCUACGUGGCUCUGCUAGCCGACACGAACGCCAAGGAUGAGAACAAACUGAAGGCCGCACAGGAGAUCAGCGAUAACUUCGAGUUCAUCGUGAACCACGCGGCGUUCCCGCAAUUCCUGGACCUCUUUGUGAAGACGUGUCUGAAACUGCUGCUCGAGGACAGUCCGUGUUUUAUCGCCGAAUAUAAUGUGCAGCAACUGCGGAAGCUGGUGCUGGACAUGCUCCACCGGACGCCGGCCGUGGACGCGCUGCGCCAGUACACGCGCAGCAUCAUCAACGCCAUGUUCAAGCUGCUCGAGAUCGACAACGAGGAGAAUGUGCUGGUCUGCCUGCGCAUCAUCAUCGAGAUGCACAAACAGUUCCGGCCGGCGCACACACCCGAGAUUCAGCAGUUUCUGACGUUCGUCAAGUCGAUCUACAAGGAGCUGCCGAACCACCUGAACAAGGUGUUUGAGCGGCCUCAGAGUGUGCCCGUAUCGGACAUUAGCGAGGUGAACCUGAGCGCCCUGCUCUGCGAGACCUACACCAUCACCACGCUGCACACGGAGCGACGCAACGCCGAGGGAAACGCCGUCACGUUCAACCUGCUGCCGAAGGCGGUGCUGUCGCUGAAGGUGGUGGCCGAGCUGCCCAUCAUCGUGGUGCUCAUGUACCAGCUGUACAAGCAGAACGUGCACCAGGACGUGGCCGAGUUCAUCCCGCUCAUCAUGGUGACCAUCACACUGCAGCCCAGUCAGCAGAUUCGCUCGGCGCCCAAUUUCAACCGGGAGAUUCUGGUCGACUUCAUGGCGGCUCAGAUAAAGACGCUGAGUUUCCUGGCGUACAUCAUCAAGAUCUACCAGGACCCGGUGUCCCAGCACAGCGUCAGCCUGGUGCGCGGGGUGCUCGGUCUACUGAUGCUCUGCCCACCUGAGGUGGCCCACCUGCGCAAGGAGAUUCUGAUCGCCGCCAGAUACAUCCUGCAGACCGACCUCCGACUCAAGUUUGUGCCGUACAUGGAGAAGUUGCUGGACGAGACGGUGCUGCUGGGCGUCGGCUGGACGGCCAACGAGUCGUGCCGCACGCUGGCCUACACCACGCUGGCCGACCUGAUCCACCACGUGCGGCAGCACCUGCCGCUCAACCACCUCACCACGGCUGUCCACCUGUUCUCCAAGAACGUGCACGACGAGUCGCAGCCCACCACGAUCCAGACCAUGUCGUGCAAGCUGCUGCUGAACCUGGUGGACUGCAUCCGCACCAGGACCGAAAUGGAGAACGGCGACCGGCACGCCCUGCUCAUGAGAAUGCUCGAGGUGUUCGUCCAAAAGUUUAAAACCAUCGCCCAGACACAGAUCCCAGCGCUCAUCGCCAAAAGCGGCUCGGCUGAGGGCGGCGCCGGCAGCAGUUCCACCUCGCCCUCCGCCGACGGUGACGGCUCGGCGGCCGGCGCGGACACGCCGACAGCGGACGCGGCGGCCGCCACGGCCGAGCUGUCGGCCGCCGAACUGAUGGCCGAGCUGGCCGCCAUCAGCGAGCGGCCGCCGGCGCCGGCGCGGAUCGGCCUCACCACCAGUCCGGCCACCACGUACAGCGUGGUCGACUGUCGGAAUCUCGUCAAAACGCUCAUCUGCGGCGUGAAAACCAUCACCUGGGGAUGCGCAUCGUGCAAGGUGGGCGGUGACGCCGUAUCGGCGCAGAAGCCGCAGUCGCGCCAGUUCUCGCCGGCCGAGACGCUCGUCUUCAUCCGGCUGGUGCACUGGGCGCUGCUGGCGCUCGACAUCUACACUCUGAACGGGCAGCCGGCGGCGGCCGGCCGCCAGACGCUGCCGCCGCCCGGCCGCAGUAGGGAGGAGAAGGAGGUGCUCGAACACUUUGCCGGCGUGUUCGCCAUGAUGCACCCGGCCACAUUCCAGGAGAUCUUCAGCACCACCAUCGGCUACAUGGUGGACCGCAUCAACAAGAACAGUGCGCUCCAGAUCGUCGCCAACAGCUUCCUGGCCAACGCGCCCACCUCGCCCAUCUUCGCCACCAUCCUGGUCGAGUACCUGCUGAACCGGAUGGCCGAGAUGGGCAGCAACCAGGAGCGCAGCAGCCUCUACCUCAAACUCUUCAAACUCAUCUUUGGCAGCGUCACCAUCCUGCCGCACGACAACGAGCAGAUGUUGAAGCCCUACCUGCACCAGAUCGUCAACAAGUCCAUGGAGCUGGCGAUGACGGCUCGCGAGCCCUACAACUACUUCCUGCUGUUGCGCGCGCUCUUCAGGUCGAUCGGCGGCGGCAGCCACGACCUGCUGUACCAGGAGUUCCUACCGCUGCUGCCCAACCUGCUGCAGGGCCUCAACAGUCUGCAGUCUGGCCUGCACAAGCAGCACAUGAAGGACCUGUUCGUGGAGCUGUGCCUGACGGUGCCGGUGCGGCUGUCGUCGCUGCUGCCCUACCUGCCGAUGCUGAUGGACCCGCUCGUCUCCGCACUGAACGGCUCCCAGACGCUGGUCAGCCAGGGACUGCGUACCCUCGAGCUCUGCGUCGACAACCUGCAGCCAGACUUUCUGUACGAGCACAUCCAGCCGGUGCGCGCCGAGCUCAUGCAGGCCCUAUGGCGCACCAUCCGCAACCCCACCGACCAGAUCGCGCACAACGCCUUCCGCGUGCUGGGGAAAUUCGGCGGCGGCAACCGUCGCAUGAUGGUGGAGCCGCAGACGCUGCAGUACAACGAGCGCGAGACGCCCGGCCCGUGCGUCACCAUCCAGUUCCAGGAGACGCGCCAGCCGGUGGCGCUGCCCAUCGAUAAAGCCAUCGAGACGGCGUACGCCACGCUCAAGUCGUCCACCUCCGACCCCUACUACCGCCGACAGUCGUGGAAACUGAUCCGCGCUUUCCUGGUGGCGUCCAUCUCGCUUGACGACGAUCGCGACAGCAUGUACAAGCUGCUGUCGCAUCCGAGCUUCCACACGGGCGACGUGCUGCCGGCGCACUCGGCGCUGAGCCGGUUUCCGGACGCGGCACUGCGCGCUGUGCACCAGACGGCGCUGACGGCCAUGUUCAUCGCGGCGGCCGUGCGGGAGCUGCGUGACGAGGUAACGCGUACCAUGAUCUGCGUGGUCAACCACUACACACUGGUGGCGUGCGUGCAGCAGGCAGGACCGUUCGGAGCCAGCGCGCGCCAGCUCAAACUGCAGGGCAUGGAUCCGCUGGUUCUGGUGGACGCGCUGGCCUACAUCAUGGGUCACGAGGAGAAGGAGCUCUGUAAGCCGGGCCGAGUGGCCAUACAGGUGAUGCUGGGCACGGCCACCACGGUGAUGGGUUCGCUGGAGCGCGCCUGUCAGCUGCCGCUGAUGGAGAACCUCUCGGAGCGGCUGUACGGCCUCUGCUACGAGCGGGCCUGGUACAGCAAGCUCGGCGGCUGCGAGGCGAUCGGGGCGCUGACGUCGUUCAUGGCGCCGCGCUGGCUGCUGGAGCGCCAGUACGUGUUUGUGCGUGCGCUGCUGUUUGUGAUGACGGACCUGUCCGGUGAGGUGUCCAGCGGUGCCGUGGAUAAGGCGCGGCAGAACAUGGACAGACUGCUGACCACGUGUGCGGUGCCGGCCGCCGACCAGCCGGCCGACGGCGCCGAGCUGGCCGCCGUGCGCGCAAAGUCGCAGCACGACGUGACCAACGAGCUGGUCCGCCAGCUGACCAGUCCCAACAGCACAGCGCGGGAGCAGGCCAUGCACAGUCUGGAGCUGCUGGCCGGCCUGCUGGGCCGCUCCACCUCGGAGCUGAUCGGGCCGCACAAGGAGACUCUGGCCGACAUGGUGCCGCCCAAGAAGCACCUGGUCCGACAGCAGCCGGCCAACGCGCAGAUCGGCAUCAUGGAUGGCAACACGUUCUGUUACAGCCUGCAGCCGCGCCUAUUCACCAUCGACCUCAACAUCAGCGAGCACAAGGUCUUCUUCAGCGAGCUUUUCUCGCUCUGCGAGGCAGACGACGCUAGUCUGCUGAAGCUGCCCUGCUACAAGUCCAUCAACCUGACGUCGAUCCGGCAGUCGGCGCUGCGCUGCCUGGCCGAGUGCUACUACAUCCCCAACUACCGCGACAAGAUCUUCUCGGUGCUGUACAACCGGGCGCUCAACUCGAGCAAUGCAGAGUUGCAGGAGUGCGGCUUCCAGUGCAUGCAGAAGUUCAUCGCCGGCGCCCAGCCCGACAUGGAAGUGGUCCACCAGGAGAUGCGUCCGCUGCUGCUGAAACUGGGCGACCACCGCUCUCUGAACCUGACCGUGGUGCCACGUCUCAGCUACCUCACGCGGCUCUUCCCAAACACCUUCAAGGAGAAGCUGUGCGAGCAACUGGUGCAGCACCUGCGGAAGUGGAUGGAGACAGCUAUUCAGAACCGCAACGGCCAGACUGCCGUGGCCGCCGCCGCCGCCGCCGGAGAGGAUAAGGAGAAGACGGCCAGCCUGCGCACCGCGCCCACGGCGACCCCCGAGUACCAGAUCUGCACGGCCAUCCUGGGAAUCUUCCCCCAGAUCCCGGCGGCCAGCAGCCGGUUCGUCGAGCUGCUGAUACGGCUCGUACUGACCACAGAGUCGCAGCUCUGCGUGGACGCCGGCAGCACCAUGCGCGCACCGCUGCUCAAAUUCCUGGCGCGCUACCCGCAGGAGACGAUCGACUUCCUGCUGACGGAGAACGUGUUGAAGGAGGCGCAGAACAGCCGCUUCCUGAAGUACCUCAUCCAGCACGAGGAUGGCCAGUGUUUCCGCGACAUGGUACAGGCGUCCGUGGACCGUCUGACGACCAUGGUGUCGGGCGCUGUGUCCGUUCAGACCGAGAAGGAGAAGUCCGAGCUGCAGUACCAGGCGGUGCACGUCGUCUACCUGCUGACCAAACACGACGACCAGUGGCUGGCUGGCCAGCGUCGGCUGGUGGAGGCGCACCAGCUGGUCUGGUGCAGUGACGCCUACCACGAGCAGCAUCAGCGUGGCGAGCGGACCGAGGCCGGCCACUGGCAGCAGCCGUGGCUGCUGGCGCGCAUCCUGCUGCGCUACUUCAUCCACCACCCGGACAACGUGCAUCUGCUGCUGCAGCUGGUGCGCGCGCUCACUUCCAGGUACAUUGUCGACUUCCAGUUCAUCAAGGACUUCCUCGAGGGCACCGUGGCGCAGUCUUACACAGUGGCCUGGAAGCGGGACGCCUUCUUCAAAUUUGUGGAGCUGUAUCAGGACCCGACCACCAGCCAGCAGCUCAAGGCAAAGGUGCUGCAGUACAUCAUCAUCCCGUGUUUCGCCGUGUCGUUUGAGCGCGGCGAGGUGGACCAACUGAUUGGCCAGCGGCCCGCGCCCGAGGACGACUCCCCAGAGAACAUUGUCAGCGUGUUCAUACGCGUGUUCAUCGACACCGAGCGGCCGGCGCCGGCCAAUGACGGCGUGCGCAUCCUGCUGCUGCAGCUCUCCUGUCUGCUCAUCGAACACGCCUCGCCGCACAUCCACGACGCCGACAACAAGCGACAGGGUAACAAGCUGCGCCGUCUGAUGACGUUCGCCUGGCCGUGUCUGAUGAGUAAGAACUGCGUGGACCCGACCACCAAGUACCACGGCCACCUGCUGCUGUCGCACAUCAUCGCCAAGUUCGCCAUACACAAACGCAUCGUGCUGCAGGUGUUCCACAGUCUGCUGAAGGCGCACGCGAUGGAGGCGCGGCCCGUGGUGCGCCAGGCGCUAGACAUCCUCACACCGGCCAUGCCCGUCCGCAUGGAGGACGGCAACACGAUGCUCACCCACUGGACCAAGAAGAUCAUCGUGGAGGAGGGCCACCACUCGCUGACGCAGCUGGUGCACAUGCUGCAGCUGCUGGUGCGACACAACAAGGUGUACUACCCGGUGCGGCACCAGCUGCUGGUGCACAUGGUGAACUCUGUGCAGCGGCUGGCGUUCAGCACCAACGGCACCCCCGACCAGAAGAAGCUGGCCGUCGACCUGGCCGAGGUCAUCAUACGCUGGGAGAUCGUCCGCAAAGAGGAUGAGGAGUCGCUGUCCAAGGGCGGUCUACUGAAGCCGGGCAUCACCAAGGAGUCGCUGCGGCGCAUCGACAAGACGCACGCCGAGACGCUCAUCAACUUCCUGCUGAAGCUGGCCUGCCAGGUGAACGAGCCGUCGACCACGCCGGGAGCGCCGGGCGAGCAGCUCUCCCGCCGCUGCGUCCACCUGCUGAAGCUGUCGAUGCGGCCGGGCGUGCUGCCGCACGGCGACCUGCGCAUCACCUGGGUGGACAAGCUGCUGUUGUCGGUGGACACGGCGCAGCCCAACUACAGCAAUAUCUGCACGGCGCUCGACCUGCUCACCUACCUGCUGAGCAUGCUCAAACGCGACCAGAUCCUGGCCAACUUCAAACACCUGCAGGCGGGCCUGUCGGCCUGCAUGGUGUCGCAGAACCAGAAGGUGGUGCGCGCCGUGCACCUGCUGCUCACCAAGCUGAUGAGCAUGUUCCCCACGGAGCCGACCGGUUCGGCCGUCUCCUCCAAGUACGACGAGCUGGAGGCUCUCUACAACCAUGUCAGCAAGGUGGUAUUCGAGGGCCUGGUGUCGUUCGAGAAGAACACAGCGGCCACCACUUCCAGUUUGUACGGAACGCUGCUCGUGCUCAAGGCGGCCGGACACAACAACCCCUGCUAUGUGGACCGGCUCAUCUCGAGCUUUAUGCGCGUGCUGCAGCGAAUGGCCCGCGACCACCUGACGCAGGGAGGCGAGAGCACGCCCGUGGCCGUCGAACUGCUUAUUCUGGCGCUGGACCUCGUCAAAAACCGCGUGGGAGUCAUGGGACUGGACAUGCGGAAAUCCUUCAUCGGCGCUAUCCUGGUGAACCUCAUCGACAAGACGUCCGAGGUGAAGGUAUUGAAAGCCAUCACGAAGAUGGUGGAUGAGUGGGUGAAGAACAAGUCGCCGAUCGCCAUCAACCAGGGCCCCUCGCUGCGGGAGAAGUCGAUUCUGCUGGUGAAGCUGAUGCACUGCGUGGAGAAGCGCUUCACCGACGACCCUGAGGUGCAGGCGCAGUUCCUCGAGCUGGUCAACUACAUCUACCGCGACGACACGCUCAAGAGCACCGAGCUGACGGUGAAGCUGGAGCCGGCCUUCCUGUCGGGUCUCCGCUGCACCCAGCCGGCCAUCCGCGCCAAGUUCUUCGAGGUGUUUGACACAAGCAUGAAGCGGCGUCUGCACGAGCGACUUCUGUACGUGGUGUGCAGUCAGAACUGGGAGCACAUCGGCCACCACUACUGGAUCAAACAAUGUCUGGAGCUGCUGCUGGUCACCGCCAGCUCGACGGCCAUGCAGCUGUCGUCGGCUAGCCUGCAGCUGCCCAGCCUGUGCUCGGUGAUCCAGCUGGGCGAGGCGGCCGAGCGGCAGGCGUUCCACCAGUACCGGACGGCACGCGCCGCUGAGCCAGCCGCUGACCUGGACACCACCGACAGCAGUAACGACGAGCUGGAGCUGGCCGAGCAGGCGGAGGCGGCGCGGCCCGGCGCGCCGCCCGCCGUCCCGCUCCAGCUCAUCGUCGCCCGUCAGGCCAAGUUCCUGGAGGGUGGCAAGGAGGUGCGGACGAGUCACUUCCUGGCCGCCCUGGUGCAGCUGUGCCACAGCGACCAGCCGCUGGCCGAGCGCAUCUGGCUCGACUUCUUCCCGCGCGUCUGGAAAACGCUGACCGAGCGCCAGCAGCAGUCGCUGUCGGCCGAGCUGGUCCCGUUCCUGGUCUCGGGCGCGCACAACAUCCAGAAGGACUGCUCUCCGUCGGCACUCAACACGUUCGUCGAGGCGCUGGUGCUGUGCCAGCCGUCAGUCAGUCUCAAACCGUGCGUGAUGCGCUACCUGGGCAAGUCGCACAACCUGUGGUACCGCAUGGCGCUCUCGCUGGAGCAGAUGGCCAUGGAGAGCGGCUCACUGCACCUGAUCCGGCCCAAGAAGGAGCCGGCAGACAUGUACGACUUCGAGCCCAGCUCCAGCAACAAGGAGGAGAGUCUGGAGAUCCUGGAGAGUCUCUGUGAGCUGUACAAACUGCUCCGGGAGGAGGACCUCUGGAUCGGACUCUGGCAGAAGAUGGCCAAGUACUCCCAGACCAACAUCGCGCUGGCCUACGAGCAGCAGGGCUUCUUCGAGCAGGCGCAGGGUGCCUACGAGCUGACCACCAGCAAGAUGCGGGCUGACUACGCCACCACCCCGGCGCCGGCCUCGCUGCAGCAGGAAAUGCUGCUGGUGGAGGAGCAGUGGAUCCGCUGCUGUAAGGAGCUCAACCAGUGGGACCUGCUCCUCGAGUACGGACGCUCCUCGGCGGCCGCCAGCUCUCAGCUGGUGCUCGACUCGGCCUGGCGCGUGCCCAGCUGGACCGUGAUGAAGGACGCCCUGCAGCAGGUGGAGGUCAGCUGUCCAAAGGAGAUGGGAUGGAAGGUGAACCUGUACCGCGGCUAUAUCGCCAUCUGCCACCCGGACGAGCCGCACCUCUCCAACGUGGAGAAGCUGGUGGACCUGGCCACCAACCAGUGCAUGAAGGAGUGGCGCAAGCUGCCCUCGAUCGUCUCGCACGUGCACAUCCCCUACCUGCAGGCGGCGCAGCAGAUCAUGGAGCUGCAGGAGGCGGCACAGAUCCACCAGAACCUGCUGCACAGUCGGCAGAACGCCGUGCACGACAUGAAGGCCAUCGUCAAGACGUGGCGCAACCGGCUGCCCGUCAUCUCUGACGACCUGAGCCACUGGAGCGACGUGUUCACGUGGCGCCAGCACCACUACCAGUUCAUCGUCACCCACUACAGCGAGCACGAGCAAGGCGCCAACAACCAGAGCAUGCUCGGAGUGCACGCCUCGGCACAGGCUAUCAUCCACUACGGCAAGAUGGGCCGCAAGCACGGCCUGCUGGGCGUGUGUCUGGAGAGUCUGAACCGGAUCCACACCAUCCCAUCGGUACCAAUCGUCGACUGCUUCCAGAAGAUCCGACAGCAGGUCAAGUGCUACCACCAGAGCGCCGCCGGACAGAGCAUGAGCAAAACGGAGCUCCAGGAGGGCCUGGAAGUGAUCGAGCACACCAACAUGAAGUACUUCACCAAGGAGAUGAUCUCGGAGUUUUACGCGCUGAAGGGCAUGUUCCUCUCACUGGUCGGGCGCUCGGAGGACGCCAACAAGGCGUUCUCGGCGGCCGUGCAGAUGGACGACACCCAGAUGAAGGCCUGGGCGCUGUGGGGCGAGUUCAUGGAGGCGGCGUUCAUCCGCGACCCGUCCUCGAUGGCCACCGGCGUGUCAGCCAUUACCUGCUUCCUGCACGCCUGCCGACACCAGAAGGAGAACAAGAGCAGAAAGUACCUCUCCAAGGUGCUCUGGCUGCUGACGUACAACGACGAGGCCAACACCUUGGCCGAGGCGGUGGAGCACUACUGUGCUGGCGUGCCGCCCAUGCACUGGCUCCCCUGGAUCCCCCAGCUGCUCACCUGCCUCGUCAGAAACGAGGGCAAGCCCAUCAUGAACCUGCUCACCCAGGUGGGAAGAACAUUCCCUCAGGCGGUCUACUUCCCGAUCCGCACUCUGUACCUGACACUGAAGAUAGAGCAGCGGGAGCGCCACAAGACCAGCGGCCAGGGCGGCUCGGCGGCCGCGGCCUCGGCGGGCUCGGCAUCUGCCGACGCGGCUAGUGUCGCCGGGACUGACGGCGUCUCCGGCUCUUCCGGCCCCGGUGGCGCCCAGUCGGCCGCCGGCGGCGACAGCGGCUCGAUCCGGGCCACGGCACCAAUGUGGCGCUGCAGCCGCAUCAUGCACAACCAGCGCGACGUGCACCCCACGGUGCUCUCCAGUCUGGAGGGCAUCGUCGACCAGAUGGUCUGGUUCCGGGAGAACUGGUACGAGGAGGUGCUGCGCCAGCUGCGACAGGCGCUCACCAAGUGCCUGGCGCUGGCGUUCGACCACCGCGCCGCCGUCACCGAGGCCCCCAUCACACCACACACACUCAACUUUGUCAAAAAGCUGGUGGCCACGUUCGGUAUCGGUGUGGAGAAUGUGAGCAGCUCGGUGUCUUCGUGCCGAGACGCGUCGGCCUCCGAGUUCGCGCGCCGCGUGCAGGCCACCGUCCAGGACCCUGUGUUCCAGCGGAUGAAGGGCCAGUUCACAUCCGACUUUGACUUCACCCAGCCGGGCGCCAUGAGGCUGCACAACCUCAUACAGAAACUCAAAAAGUGGAUCAAGAUUCUGGAGGUGAAGAUCCGCCACCUGCCGAAGCAGUUCCUGAUCGAGGAAAAGUGCCGCUGGCUGAGUAACUUCAGCGCACAGACGGCAGAGAUCGAGAUCCCUGGCGAGUUUCUGCAGCUCAAGCACUCGCACUACUACGUGCGUAUCGCACGCUUCAUGCCCCGAGUGGAGAUCGUGCAGAAGCAUGGCACGGCGGCGCGUCGGCUCUUCAUCCGCGGCAACAACGGCAAGCUGUACCCGUACCUGGUGGUGAACGACACCGGUCUGAGUGACGCGCGCCGCGAGGAGCGCGUCCUGCAGCUGCUGCGCAUCAUCAACCACUACCUGGCCAAGAUGAAGGAGACGUCUCGCCGCUUCCUGAGCUACACGGUGCCGCGGGUGGUGGCCGUGUCGCCGCACAUGCGGCUCAUCGAGGACAACCCCUCCUCGAUGGCGCUCCUGGACAUCUACAAGCAGCGCUGCACCCACAAGGGCAUCGAGCACGACGCGCCCAUCUCGCGUUACUACGACCGUCUGGCGUCGAUCCAGUCGCAGGGCGGCAGCACGUCCCACCGCGUGCUGCGCGAGAACCUGCGCGACGUGCAGUCGACCAUGGUGCCACGCACGCUGCUGCGCGACUGGGCCGCCUUCACGUACCCCAGCGCCACCGCCUACUGGAUGCUGCGCAAGACGCUGACAUUGCAGCUGGCGCUGCUCGGCCUGGCCGAGUAUGUGCUGCACCUGACCCGGCUGGCGCCCGAGAUGAUGUACAUCCACCAGGACUCGGGCCUGGUGGCCGUCUCCUACUUCAAGUUCGAGCUGGACGACGCGGCUGGAGAGCUGGUCUCCAACCGGCCGGUGCCGUUCCGUCUGACUCCCAACCUGGCCGAGCUGGUCACCCAGGUGGGAGUGAUGGGACCGCUCACAGCGGCCAUGGUGGCGGCGGCGCGCUGCCUCUCACAGCCCAACUACAAACUGUCGGCCAUCCUGCGCGCGGUGCUGCGUGACGAGCUGAUCGCGUGGCACAGGAAGCGCCAGGAGGCUGCCGAGCCGGACAUCAGCGGCCAGCAGAUCAUCCAGCUGGUCACCAAGGCCGUGAGCGUCAUCAGCAGCCGGCUCAACAGCCUGGCCACCUUCGAGGGCACCGAGAGCAAGGCCAGCACGCUGGUGGCAGCGGCCGCCAGCAACGACAACCUGUGCCGCAUGAACCCCGUCUGGCACCCGUGGCUGUAGACGCUCGGGCCGCGCUGGCGCGUCCGGUGACGACUGACGCAGGGGCGGACCGCCGGGCCGCUGACGGACAGACACGAAUUGCCGUGUGGGCGGUGUUGGAGCGCCGUCCCUUGCUUCGCCGUGUAAUUGUAUCAGACUGUGUGUAUUUGUGUGUUUUUAUGGUGUGCCACUGAAGUACUGAAGUCGUCGCUCGUGUGUGAAUGUUUUGUAAUCAUGUGCUCGCGUUGCUGCUCAGGUUUGUAACUGUGGAAGUCGCAGCGACUGUCGGCGAUGGCGGGUAUGUUGUCGCCACAUAUUGUGCCGUCGCUUCGUUUCCAUGUCUGGGGCAGCGCUGGGCGCCCAUCCCGAGGUUGUGCUUAUGUCGUGUCUUUUCCGCGUCCUGGGUGAGGGUUACGGGGCGACGGGUGCCCCUCUAGUGCUGUGCCCCGUUCCAUUGAGUUGUUUUAAAUGAAAUGUGCGUAUCCUUCAACGAGACGAAUCGCAGGGCUGGUCUCGACGUUCCUCUUCAGCCGAGAGGGACUCCUCGGCCGCGGAGGACUGCUCCCCUCCUCAGCUGGGGAGGACGCCGACUCUCCACCCACCCGCUCGCCCGGUGGUCGGCCGUGCAGGGUUCGUCGCGAUAGCAGCUGCUGUGAGUGUGCAUGUGAGAGCUGCUGUGUUUGUGCGCUGCCGGUGUCUGAAUGGAAUGUGUCGGUUACCGUUCUGUUCCCGCCGCCUGCCGUGUACGCCGUACAGGAAGGGAGAGACCGGUACCAGCCGACCUGACACGAUCUCCUGCGUUGAGUACUGUCCUCAAUACAUGAUCAUCUUUCUCUAA